CUUGCGAGAGCCGCGCGCGAGAGCGGACGUCGCUCGUUUUACGCCGAUGCGGUGCCACGUGAGGGAAAAGCCAGGAGGAAAACUUGUUUGCGCGCAACUCCGAAGUAUAUGUAACAUUUUCUUCCCGUUUCUUCCCUCCCGUUGUGGAUUUACGUUAUCGUGUCGAGCGACAGGAAUGGUGUGGAUUGCGCCGGAAGUGCAACGGAAUUAAACAAACGAGAUCAAAAUAUAUGGGACGUGUCUAAUAAUUCAUCGGAUUUAAUUCUGUCGACAAGGGAAAUCAAUCUAUACUGAUUUUCUCGCGGAUCUUCGCAAGACAAAAAAAAUGAAAAAUUAAUAUAUCAAAUGAAAAACAAACUAUAAAUCCAAACUUUCCACGAAUGUGAUUCUAUUUGUCAUUACAUUGACAACAACAUUAUUAUAUAACAUAAAAUAAAAAUCAAUUUUUUUUAUUAAAGAUGCAAGAAUAAAUACGGAACUGUAUUAAUAUAAAAAAUUCUUGUAGAAAUGCAGGAAUAAUUAAAUACAGUUAAAAAGAUAUGAAAUCAAAGUAUGUCAAGCAGAAAUCUUUUUAUUAAAUAACAAUGCAAAUCGAAUAAUAAGGCAACAACAAAAUUACAUGUUUUCAUCGAACGAAAUGUGUGAUAACCGUAUUUAUUGCAUCGCUAAUUGCAUUUAUUAAAUUUAAUUGGGACCACAUUUGUAUCUAGAAUUAUAACUGUUCUACGAAAUCGAAUGCGAGCAUUCUCAAGCAGAGCUUAAAGGUAAAACGAAAAAAAGGAAUUUCCAAAGGUUAUUUGAGACAUCCUUACUGAGGCUUCCGGUAUCUCGCUAGAAUAUUCCGCGGAUAUUCUCAAAAGGUUUACGCUGACAGACAUUAAAGCACUUCCGCGAAGGUGUGACUAUGGCUAUUAUGAAAUCUCUGAAGAGAUUGAGCGCUUAGAGUUACCGCGCAGAUAAAACUUUUAUUACACCUGAGACGAAACCAAUUCAUCAUCGAAAGUAUUCCGGAAGGAUCUUCGCAAUAUCUCUCGCGCAUUUUUAUUUUAUCGAAAGUUGCGCCUCUCGCGGCAACUCCCGCGAAAAUCGGAAUCACGGAAAUUCUGUUCACAAACAAUCGCGAACAAACAAAAAGUAUAAUAUUUCUUAUACAUAAAAUAUAAAAAUUAUUUUCCAUCGAGAAAAUAUAAAUUGCAUGAAGAUAUUUUCUUCAAGACUCGUUCGAGAGAAAAAUUUCUUUAAACUGCGCAAGAAAUUAUCUUUCCAAUAGGAGAAUCUCCACAAUAUCAUUGUCAAAAAGAUAUUUGCAUCGAACAUUCAAGAACAUCGAAAGCAUCCUAAAACAUGCAUCAAGUUAUCGCCGAGUCUUUAAUUCUUUGAAGACAUUUUUCGAUUACCCGAUUUUUUUCAUUAUACAAAAAGCAUCUGAUAAAUAUAUAUAUUUCGAAAAAUCUGCAAUAUAGUAGAUUCCUCGAAAUAAAGGGGAAUUCCAUCGUAUAUUGCACGAUGCACCGGACACGGAAAAGUUUCAAAAAGACGAGUGAGCAGCUCUGAAAAUCUAAGGCAGCGACGAAAAAGACAAGGAAGACAAGGAAGAAUCGCGAAAGCCAAGGAGGAAGAGAGGCGAGAAUUGCAAAUAACAAGCAGAGACGAGGAAACGUUUCGCAGGAAUGCCGUGGAUAAAGUGUUUGGGUGGUGGAGGCGGAAAGGCCAGAAGGGGCAAACCACUCAGUGUCAGUCAACCGAUCCACCUGCUCGUCAAGAGCGAUUUUGAACCACAGUGCCACGUGUUCCGCACCAAGCAAUUGCGCAAGCCACGACCAUGUCAUUUGUGCCACCAGGCGGUGAUCAAGCAGGCCUCCUGUUGCAGAGUGUGCAAGUAUAUUUGCCACAAGACAUGCGAGGACAAGGGCGCGCGGUUCCGAGACACCUCGCAGCAAAUUCAUAAACAAUGGCAAGCCGAUCCAGCGAGGGCAUUUCCGACCGUCGGCAGUGUCUCCACAAAUUCGCCCUCUCCAGCAUCGGGAGAACUCUCCACGCCAAAUUCGACUCCCAGCCCUAGUCCUAGUCCGACUAAUCAGCAAGUCACGCACAAUGGUGGUUACGAAUCACAAUCGAAAAAUGUCAACAACAUCGGAAGAAGCAAACAGCAUGUGCAGACGUCAGCGGUGGCGUCAACGCCUGCGAGGACACCGGGCGUCGGCGCGGAUUCGACGAUGACGGGACCGGGAAAGGGCGGAGGUCGCGUGACGGAGGUAAUGGAGCUCUGUUACGUCACCGAGAGGAUCAUCGCUCUUUGGUAUAGGGAGGAUGCGCAGGGUGUCCUCGAACAUGCCACGACCCUUUUACGCGGAAAACACGCCGAUAAUUACAUGAUCUUUAAUUUAUCAUCACCUGGUCGACCCGGUGAACCGAAUACGAGGGAAGCUGGAUGGCCGCAGGGAUUAGCACCAAGUUUGGAGAGACUAUGCGCUCUCUGCAAGGAACUGGACUCUUGGUUAAACGGCGCUUCUAAUCGCGUCGUGGUUCUACAUGCCAGAGGCAACAAGGAACGAUUGGGUGUGGCAGUUUCCGCUUAUAUGAACUACAGCAGCAUCUGCGGGGGACGCGAUCAAGCGCUAGACAGGUUCGCCAUGAGGAGGUUCCUCGAUGACAAGAUUGGAUCGUUACAGGUUCCGUCGCACCGAAGAUACAUCGAGUAUUUCAGUGGAUUGCUAUCGGGUUCCCUGAGGAUCAGCCAGUCGCCAUUGUACUUGACCCACCUGACAGUUCUCGGAGUGCCGCUCUUUGAACCGACCGGCUGUCGAGCCUUCCUCAAAGUAUACGAAGGAUUAACACCGGUAUACACUUCGGAUCUGUAUUCAGUGACGAAUGCGCGCGAGUUUACGGUUAAUCUAGGCGGACUUCGAUUGAGGGGCGACAUCUUAGUCAAGUGCUACCACAGGGUAUACUCGAAGCAGACUCGAGAGGUCAUGUUUUCCCUCCAGUUUCACACGUGCGUAAUUACGGAGAACGUCGUGUCCUUCCCGCGAUCGGAGCUCGACGUUGCUUGCGACGAUCCCCGAUGCCCGCCCGACAGUGUGGUAACACUCUACUUUGCUACCGACGCGAAACGUCAGGAUGGUCCAGUGCCGGCCCCAACGCCGGCUGUGCCGCAUGCAUCGGCGCAUCACGAUCCCAUCUUGCACUGGGACAGCUACACGAACCUCGAGAUCAGCGACGACGAAGGCCGUGAGACCCCAUUGUCACCGCCGCCCCCCUCGAGUUCUUCGGUUCAGACUUCACCUCGUGGCUUGGAUUACACGUGCGGUCCCAUAGAUGGAUCAUUGUACGCUGUGGUACAUCAGGGUGGUGCAGGAGGCGCCCGCGGCUCACCAUUGACGGUUUCCAUGGACAGUGGUAUAAGUAGUGCACCACCGCAAAAACCCAGUCCACCAGAACCCGAGCCAGAUAAUCAAGCUCACGGAGAUCUCGACAAGCUUCUCCAUGAUAUGAUGCUCACCGUCGAGUCUAUGCCAGACCCACCGACAGAUGACUACAACCGUGAUCGAAGCGAGAAGAUGUACAUUCAAGAAACGCGCAGCUACAGCAGUCAUCCAACGUCUACUUAUUCUACUUUGAAGGACUCCUACCGAAGCUACGGCAAGGAAUCCAGUCCGCCCUACAACUCUAGCAGCAGCUACAGUACCCUGAAGAACAGUAUCGAGCAUCGGAAGGACGAUUUUGAGUAUCGCGUGUCUCCGGACCGUAAGAUAACCGAGUCAUCCAACGACUCUUACAGAAAGCACGCGGAUUCCUUCUCACCGCCUGGCAAUAUCGACUUCAUCGACGAGGAUAUCCCGUAUCACGCUAGGCAAACCAGUCAGCCAUUCUCGUACGGUGCCACUAGCGAUAUGAUCAAGCAUCAGAAACUAUCAUCGCCUUCGUUAGUGAGGAAAGCGUCUGUACGCGGCGUGGCGCCCGUCGUAGACUUCGAGGACAUUCUUGGGGAAAAUUCUAGGAGACCCAUCAGCCCACUAAGUCCUAAUACUCCGGAUCCGCCGCCGGAGUUCGCCAACGGACCCGUAAAGAGCGGAACCGAUCACAUCGAUGGAUUAUCGUGGCUAAGGCAGCAACAAUUGAAAUUAGCCGCUAGGAGAGAUGAAAGGAAUCCUGGCCGCCUUUGGCGACAAGAGACCGGAAAUCGUGUCAUCGGGGAACUUAGGAGCUUGCAAAGGGGAAUAUUGAGACAUGAUGGUUACGCGAGCGACUCGGCGGUUCUCGACGACGAUGAUGAUAUGUGGGCAGCGAGUUCCAUUUCUGGACAGCCAACGAAAGCUGUUCCGUACACCUCCGCACCAGCUAGUCCUCUACUUCCGCAGAGAUCGAGCAGCCGAAAAUAUAACGGCAAUGUCGGAAAUGGCGUCCUCGGCAGACCGCGAGCGGAGAGUAUGAAUGAACGACCAUUCGUCUCUGUAAAGCGCGCUUACGAAUAUCGCAAGUUCAGCGACAGUCAGAGCCCUCCGACAUCCCCUCGUUCAGCCUUAGCGGCCGCGCCACCCUUAGGGUUAGCGGGCCAGCAAUCGAGCUCCAACAACGCGGAGAGAUCGCAACAGCAUCAGCAGCAGCCUCCGCCGCGACCGGAAUCGCGCAGCGAUAGUUUCGCACGAACGGAUGCCUUGUUGCGCGAGCAUCGUCACCAUCACCAGCUGCAAUCCGGCAUCAACAAUAGCAACGAUCAUAUCGAGCGAAAGCAAACGAUCGCGACCCAGGAAUACGCGACAUCGAGUCGAAGCGCGCGUCCUGAGUCGCGGAAUCGUGUCGCUUAUCAGAGUGUCGGGAGUUACAGCUCGGCCAGCAGCGGCGACCAGGUGGACGGCGGAUUACUGACGAUGGUCGAUCAACCUGAUCCUCUCGUGAGCCUCAUUCAAUCACUAGCCGAAAUCUCGCCGAUUCGCACGAAUCCGAGCACGCCUAAAACCGAAAACGAGCAUCCUGCUGGCAGCCACAUAAUCUCAGCCUCUACUACAAUGCCUACCAAUGUACCUAGCAAUGUCACUAAUUGCUCCCCUAAUCAGUCGCCAAAAGCAUGGCAGAAUUGCAUUCAGCCACACAAUGAUUCAACGUCAUCGUGGACCGAGAGAAGCGUCAGUCCUGGAAGCGCGGUCAUCAGCGGUGCCUCGCGACCACAGACGCCGGCGUUUCCGGUCCAUCCGCGAACGCCGUACGUCAAUAACGCGUCACCAACGGUGACUUUUGCCAGUGAUCGCACUUACAUGACGUCCAAUAACAGCUACAACGUUAGCAACAAUAACAAUAAUGUUAGCAACGAGGCUGGCGGUAAUAAUAACAAUAACGUCGCAAGUUACGGCGCCGAACGAACGAUAUAUAUCGAAGAACGAAAAGAAGCCUCGAAGGAGACGGGACUUCCACCCAAGAGUCCGACAACACAGCGACGCUUGAGUUUUCCGGCAAGCGGGCCGCUUAAACAAAUGCAUAACAAACGAUGGCCGCUCACUAAUCAAUCGGCGUCGUUCGACUAUAGCAAGGACCGACCUGUUUCUCCGUUAAGCGAAUCGGCAAUGUCACAGCCGCAGGCUGUUUCGCGCAGUCCUGGAACACCGACCCAUAUAGAAUUUGCCCAAAGUCCCAAGAGUGCUACGUCAUAUACUUCAAUCAAUAGUGGUAGUCAAUCUUCACCGCAGGUUCAAUAUUAUGGUUCGAGACGCUCCAGCAUUCAUUCGAACACCGAACCCCAGGAGGUGGCCGACGCUAAUGUGAAAUUUGUACGCGACACCAGCAGAAUCUGGUACAAACCCAAUAUAUCGCGGGAGCAAGCAAUUUCAAUGCUGAAAGAUGCGACACCCGGCACAUUUGUGGUACGAGACAGCAACUCAUUCCCAGGUGCCUUCGGAUUAGCAUUAAAAGUGGCAACACCACCCCCUGGCGCUCCCAGCAGCCCGCGAGAUCCUUCGAGCGAGCUCGUCAGACAUUUCCUGAUCGAGCCAACAUCACGUGGCGUUAGACUAAAGGGAUGUGCAAACGAACCAGUCUUUAGCUCGCUCUCGGCAUUGGUUUAUCAGCACAGUCUAAUGGCCAUGGCACUACCUUGUCAAUUGCUGCUACCCGAACCAGAAGCAGCCGCUAGAGCUUUAGAUUCACCUGGUACUAAUAGUACUCAGCAGCUUCUCGCUCAAGGAGCAGCUUGUAAUGUUCUGUAUCUCUUUACAAUUGAUACGGAAUCCUUGACUGGACCGCAGGCCAUUAAAAAGGCUAUCACCAACCUAUUUGAGCAGAAGCCACUACCGAUUGCCACGAUUGUUCAUUUUAAAGUUUCCACGCAAGGCAUUACUUUGACUGACAAUGCGAGAAAGAUAUUUUUCCGUAGACAUUACCCAACAAAUAACAUAAGUUAUUGCGGACUAGACACCGAGGAACGCACGUGGGAGUUUGACAGCGAAGAUACGGGAAGACCACUUAGCGCUCAUCGCUGCUUCGGUUUUGUGGCGAGAAAGCCUGCUCACAAAUCGGACAAUCAGUGCCACGUAUUUGCCGAACUGGAACCAGAACAACCGGCCACGGCUAUUGUAAAUUUCGUGAAUAAGGUCAUGAUGGGAAGCUCCAUCGCCAAGGCCAAUAUCGUCUAAGAAUCGCUACCGCUCGCCACAAUCGCCAAGAUCAACGGGCACAAACAUUACUGCGAACUUAUUAAUGAAUCCGCCUUGAACGUUUCGCAUCGAUUACAUAUCUCUAGCGAAAAAAAUGCAAAAUCGAGAAAUAAAACGACCAUAAAAUCGAAAAUAAAUAAUUCAUGCAAUUGAUUGAUAAAAUCAUCACUGACUAUCGACACGCGUAAAGGAUACACUCAAAUCUUUUGAAAGAAUUCACCGAAAAUGGCGCUGCACGAAUUAAUUAUUAUCGUUAACUGACUAAUAAAUCUUCGUGCAAUUUCUUCGUUAAAUGAGUACAGCAUCCAUGUUACAAACAAUAAGAUCGAUAUGAAUAUCGAUAAAACGCCGGGAAAAAGUCGAGGAUCUCUCUCUUCAAAAGAAAACAAGAAAAACGAGAGGCUAUGCGUGAAUCGAUUCCAUCCUCGCGUCAAUAUGCAGUCAAGAUAAGAAAGUUAUUGUUAUGAUUAUCGUUAUUGUUGCGAUUUAACGUAGCGAGUAGUAGAGUCCUAUAUAAUGGGUGGUAUAAAGAGAGUAAGGUGGUCAAAUGACAGCGUUAAUAUUCAUGGGUAUAUGUUUGAUUUUUAUAAAUUAUUAAAAUCCUGACUAUUCUGUAAUGUCUUUUAAAAUAUAUAAGAAAUAUUAUAAUUACAAUAUUUAGCUUAUAUUACUUAUUAUUUAGUAAUUAUCAAACUACUGUGUGCAAAUUUCAAAUUAUAUUUUUACAAAAUAUAUUUAUUCAUAUAUAUAUAUAUAUCUCAAUAUUUAAAAAAAGAAUUGUUUUUCUUGCGAAAUUGCUAAGUUCGUGAUUUCGCCACCUUCUCCCGCCUAAAAUACAAUUGAUUAGCCAUCAACAUGCGAAUUUAUCGAUAGCUCGUAGUCAUAGUUGAAGAGAAUCAACCGUGCCCUUCGCGCGAUUUACGAAGGGCAUCGAGCAUUCGAAACGAGCGUAUCUCGCGCGACAUUGAAUGCGCCUUCGAUUUCAAAAAUUAUUUAUGCACUAUGCACGUACACUUACGCAUACUACAUAACACUAAGACACGGAAAAUAAUGAAAUGCUCGCGCAUUACUAUACGAGAAAUACCAAGCAAUAUUAUCUAUAUAAUUAUUAUAUUAUUAAAGAAUUUUCCAAUUUCUCUCUUUGCUUAUGUUCAAAAAAAAAUCCAUCAUGAUAGAAUUAAUUUAUUUUAGGUUACUAAACAAAUUUUAUGUAUAUAUGAGAACAACAAAAUUUUAAGCAUUUUUUAAUUUAAAAAUAGCACCUACAAGUGAAAUUUCAAUAGCAAAUAGAUUGUAAAAUAAUGCGCGAACAUCUUAAAUAUAUUAUUACGUUGUACUGGAGACUCUCGAGUAAUAUUUGACAAAAAAUGUUACGUUGUUUGCAGAGCAUAUUAAUACACACAUAUUCACGCACACACACACACACAUACACACAUAUAAGAAAUCCCCGUGUCAUGCUCCCUCAAUGUACGAAAGAACUAUAAAUAAUUGCAAAUAUACCGCGCGAGAUAAAACCGACUUAAAAGAAGGCCUUGAGGAGACAUCCUGAGAAAAAGCAUCGUGGGUACAGUUCUUGGAGAAAGCAAUGUUACAUAUAGGAUUAGUUCAAAGGUAAUGCAAGUUGGAAUGAAAUAUGCUAUUCGGAGGAGUAUGCACGUGACGAGAUAGUAGGACGCGCGUAUUCUUUCGGUGAACCCGUAGAUUUUCUUGCCAUUUCGGGCUCGUGUAUCGUCAAGAAGAAACCGCUCCAACGGGCACGACGAUGAGCAGUCAAUUAUUACGAUUGAAUCAAUUAUAUUGUAAUUACGACAAUAUGGCGGUGCGAGAGGAUCAUCGGUGCUCGCAGCAGCGGCCUUCCUCUCGAUAUGUCGCCGAUUUUUUCGUCUACUUUUCUGAUCUUUUUUCCUCUACUUUUGUCUUCCGGACAAAGGUCGGUUGAAGCUUCUUCUGCCCUCUACGAAUUCCUUUACUAAGGGAGGAAGGACUCGUAGUUAUGCAACGUGCUAGUCAAAAUUUUUGCUGUAUAUGCGAUGGUCAAAAGAUAGAGUCGAUGUUGUUUCUAAGAGUCCUUCUUCGAUAUGCUUGGUUCUUUAACGGCGGCAGAUAUAAGAUCACUUCGCAUUGAGGAUAGAUAUAAAAUAAAACGAGUAUUUUGAAAAAGGCAAACUCGAAAUGAUAUCUUGAAAUGACAUAGAGACAUGAGCGACCGAAGGGAUUAAGGGCUCGCUUAAAGGAACCGAUCGUGUCUUUUUUUUAUCGUUCUUUUUAUUCUUCGUCGUCCAUCAAUGCUUUUUUCUCUGUCUAAAUUUUCCUUCGUAUGCGUCUAAACCCGGCUAACAGCGUAACAUUAAUUUAAUAUUCAGUCAUUAUAAUAAUUAUUAUUAAUAUUAUUAUUUGUUUACGAUCUAUUAUAUUCUCUGUACGUUUAUGCAAUAAUUGUAUCGUGUUGCGUGCUGCAUGGAUACGCGCGUAUAGUUGUAAUAACAAUAAAUCAUAUUCACAGCGUU